GGGUGGUUAAGAGGUGGGGUGGUUGUGUGAAGAGGGAAGAAAAACCUUCUCUUCUUCUUCAUCUGCAAAAAAAAAAACCCUCUCUCUCUCUCUCACAUAUGCUUUCUCAUGGCUUUGUUUACCACCAAAUGGGUUGAGUCACUUGACUGCCUUAAGACAGCAAUCUGUUAUGGUGAUGAAUCUUGUAUACAUGAUCACUGCUUUUAUCCUCCUCCUCCCCCUCCCCCUCCCCCUCCCCUCUCUGAAAGUCACCCUAGCACAACUCCAUCCACCCUUGUUAUAGCUAUUGUUACUCUUCUUACCAGUGCCUUUCUUCUCAUCACUUACUAUGCAAUCUUUGUGAAGUACUGCUCUUUCCGUAACUCUCGAAAUUCCAAUCAACCCCAUGAUCAUCAUGAAAACAACGAUCAGGAGAAUAAUCAGAACCAGAACCAGAAUCAGGAGCCACCCAUACACCAUAUUUGGUAUAUAACGACUGUGGGUCUUGAGGAAUCACUCAUAAAGUCGAUUACAGUAUGCAAAUACAAGGGAGGAGAUGGCUUGAUUGAAGGAGCUGAUUGCUCUGUUUGUCUUAGUGAAUUCAAUGAGGGAGAAGAGGUCAGGCUUUUACCCAAGUGUAGCCAUGCCUUCCAUCUCCCUUGUAUCGAUACAUGGCUAAGGUCUCAUACCAAUUGCCCGCUGUGUCGUGCUCCUAUUGUGUCGAAUUCUGAUGCCCCAACUUCUCAAGACCAAAAUGGGGAUGGGGUUUUAGUUUCAGGAGAGAUUUCUCAGCAAAACGAGAGUUAUGUUGUGGUUCCAUCCGGCGGGAGUGAGGGUAGUUCAAGUGUGGGGGCAGGAACCGAAGAUGAGAGAGAGAGGGGAAAGGUUGGAGAAUCGGUGGCUGAAAGGGGAAGAGAUAUGACAAAGGUUGGAGAAUCGGGGGCUGAAAGGGGAAGAGAUAUGACAAAGGUUGGAAAUUUAGAGCGAGAAAGGAGAGGAGGGAUGGGAAAGGCUGGGAAUUCUAAUGUGAGUUGUGGAUUUUAUGUGCUUCGGCAUUUAGGGAGUGCUCAUAGAUUGGGGGAAAGCAUGAGAGAAGUUAAGGCAGAGGCUCCACAGGCUAUGCGGAGAUCAUUUUCAAUGGAUUUUCCAAAUGGGAUAUGCUUAUCAAGCUCUGAUGAUGGAGGUAAGAACCAGAGAAAUGGGAAGCUUUUGAGAGAUGGUUCAGAGGCUCUAUCUUUUCAAAAGGGUCCAGUUGCAGUGAUAAGGUCUUUCUCUUCGGGCAAGUUUGGAUUCUCCAGACACAGUAGGGGCAGAAGCUCGGUUCUUCCUCUAUGAUUUCUCGGAUUUACUAUGCGAGGGUUACAGUCUCACUUCAAAAAGUAUGUGUUACUUCAACAAGGUAUAUGGGACCCCAGAUGAUGAUCUUUUAUAAAAUUUGUGAUUAAAGUUCAUUACCAAAAGAGAAAUCCAAUGAUAGUAUGUGAAAAUGCACAGUACAUGGAAGUUUGAUAUCAUGAUAUUUGUGGGAUCAGAAUAAUCCAUUAUAAAGAUGCAUAGUUAUGGGUCUGGGAGAAAAGUCCCUGAUGCAUCUUGAAGAUGUGUAUUUGAUAUGCACACGUCAAAGUUUGAAAGCAGCAAAGUAACUUGCAUGAGGCCCAGAAUCAGGUCAAAGAAGGUUUUAAAAGCUAGCAGGUUGAAGAUGUGUUUGUGUCACAUACACAUGGUGAACCUGUGUGAGCCAAGCAGAAUAAUACUUCUUAUUUAUAAUGAUAGGGGUCAUUUUCUUCUGUUUGCAAAUUCAUAAUGUGUAAAGUACUGUUGCUUUUUUUUCUAUCCUGAAUAAACCUACAUCCAUGAAUCAAGCAACCGUAAAAUAGGUCAUAUACAGAAGGCAUAUGGGUUUCUUUUUGGCCAAGAAAGGGGGAGGGUCUAUUUUGCAUAUGAAUUUUUACUUCCAUGUCUAUUUAAAGAAUAUCUAAGUCAAAACUUUCUAGAUU